AUGUCCAACAUUCUGGUAAUAUUGACGAUGGAUCACGUCCUCAUCCCCUCCAGGUCAAGUCGUCUCAGGCAGGCCCUGUCUCGCAGAUUCAAGUCUCCAGCCACUUCAAGCAAUCAAUCUGGCGUGGCUGAGGUCUCGGCUGGCGCUACAGAGACUGAGUCGUGGCCACGGACAACUCGGGAUCGAUAUGAACUCCAAAGGGCGAACUUCGAGCCCCGUUCCGCUCGUCGACGUGGGAGCAAAAGCGGGCAGACCAGUGGCCAGACCACUCCUAGCAACAGGUCGAGCAUGGUGACUGGGCCUAGGAUCAGCUCUGAGAGUCCCGAGUUGAAGCUCCCCACAUCGAGUGAAGGUACGGGGCCCAAUACCUACGAUGCCGGCAAAAGUAGGAUAGACACUGCGGGGGUAAACGUCCAACCCGAGAAAUUCGAUCGCGUUGAGACGCACCCCGAUGUCUGUUUCGAUCACACCGUCAUCACGCGACAACCUGUCACGCACGAAGAAAUCAGGCCACACGUCCAUACGAUUUACGAGCAACGGCGGACUCGCUCCAUUCAUUAUCACGAGCAUCGGACCCUGAUCCAGCCGAUCAUAGAUCCAGACCCAAUCGUACUGCCCGAACAGCACUGGGCUCAGGACCACCGAACUGGCAAAAUCUUCAAGAUCCCCGAUGCGCUCGGAAGGCAACUCGACGAGCAAUAUGGCAGAAGCAGUCCGCAGCACGUGGAAGUAGAUGAUGGGGAACUCAUCAAGGCGAUGGGGAAGAUGGGCCUCGAGACAUCGCAUUUGGACCUCGAGAAAACAAUGUCCGAUUGGGCGGGAUUUGAUGAGAAGGCGACAAACUAA